GACACAAUCAUCCCCGCACCCUUAGGUUUAUCCAUCCCCAGGCAUAACUAGCCCAAGCCAUCGUCAUUGUUUCGUCUGGCUUCACCCGAAAGAAAAUCCAAUCAUCACCACAGGCUUUGUUAACCCAGAUUCAUAUUUCAUCAUGGCUGAGAUUCCCUUUAGCCCGCCUACUGUUCUGAAUAUCGUAAAGGCGAGCUUUCCGCAAGGUCCUGGGACGGUACCUUCUCUGAAAUCACCCUAUGAUGCUGUUGCGAUAUUCGUCCACGCGUGUAUGCUGUCAGUGGGGUUUCGACUGGUGGGGUUGGGUGAGGAUGACAGCCUGGAAACACCCAUCGAGGGCUCGGAUCCAAAACCACUUCCACAAAGCUGGAACAGCUCUCCUGGUAGCUACGGCUUCCGAUAUGCGCACUCACAAUCGUCUUUACAAUACCUGAUAAAGGUGAACCGUCUAGGGAACAAAGCUGUAGUAAUGGGUUUGGGAAUCGGCGACGAUAAGACUACCUCUUUCGACAUUGUCGUAAAGGACUUUCUUAGCGAGAGCUUCUACCCGUACUCCGCUGGAAAUGGCAUUAAUAUGGUGCAGAAGUUGGUUCCAGGAUUGCACAAACCAGGCUACGAAGAAGACCGCAGCGGGGGAAGCUCAACCCGUCAAGAGGAACAGCGACCCAGGCGGCGGUCAGACGAGUUUGACCAACCAAGUUUCCCAAGACCAUACGGCGGUUCGGGCUUCGGCCCGCAGCCCGGCCGGUCUCCUAUCCCAGCGGGUGGCGAGCAACCUCCAGGGUUCGACGAUGAGCAUGAAAUUCUCCAACCACCGCGCGGCAGCGGUGGAUAUGCCAUGGGCCCCGGGGGCCGAAACCCAUUGAGUAUCGGGGAAGACGACUUGAACCCUCCAGGCCUUGGCCGGAACCCCCCGCUCGUCGGUCCAUUCUUUGGCCAGGGUCCUGGAUGGGGUGGGUCUGGACCGAGCGGAAUGCACCCGGGACCAGACCAUCCAAUGUUCGGCGGUGGCAGUGGGGGAAUUCCCGAUCCAAGGUUUCCGCCUGGGGCGCGAUACGAUCCAGUUGGCCCCGGCGAUGCUCCGCAGGGAGGUUUGCGGGGACCUAGAGGACCGUUUGGGCCUAGUGGAACUGGGGGUCCGCGAGGUUUUCCUUUGUGUAGUUGGGCUUCUGAGACUGCAAUGGGAUUGAUGGCAGAAAUGUAUUUUAGUUUUUUCCAUGAGGGAAUGAUGUGGUUCUGAUGUGAAGUUAGUAACUUUUCAUUGGCAUUUUGCUUG